UCCCCCAUCACAAGCGUCACUGCCACCGUCGUCGCUGGCACCCUCAGUCAAAGUGUAAGAUGAUGAAAAGCCCAAGGCCCUAGGGUUUUGUUGAGAAACGCCGAAAAAAGGAGAAUUACAAUGGAGAAACCAAAAGCUCCACCACAAUCAAUGGAGCUGCUGUGCGUGGGGAGACUAGAAAUCGUGAGGCCAAAACCCGUCGGUUUCCUCUGCGGUUCCAUCCCCGUCCCCACGGACAAAGCUUUUCAUGACUUUGAUUCCGCCGCCCUUAUUCCCUCUGCACAAACGGUGCAAGCUCCGAGAUAUCGGAUGAUUCCUACAGAGACUGAUCUUAAUAUGUUACCUAUUCCACAAACACCCCCGGAUAAGAUGCUUCCGGUUGCUGCUGCACAAUCAAAGACAAGUGGAGAUUUAUCAUGGGAAAAUGGGAUUAUUACUCCCAAUGUUACACGAAAAGGAGAGGUGCUUGCUGUGUCUGGCUUGGCGGAAUAUGGAGACGAGAUAGACGUUAUUGCCCCAGCUGACAUUUUGAAGCAGAUUUUUAAGAUGCCAUACUCCAAAGCUCGAUUAUCUAUUGCUGUACAACGUGUUGGACAGACUCUAGUUUUGAACACUGGGCCGGAUGUUGAAGAGGGAGAGAAGAUAGUUAGAAGACAGAAGAACCAAUCAAAAUCUGCAGAUGAGUCCUUGUUUCUGAACUUUGCCAUGCACUCAGUUAGAAUGGAGGCCUGCGAUUGUCCACCAAGUCAUCAUACGGCAACAAAAGAUAAAUCAGAUUCAUGUGUUCUUCCUGGAAGAUUUGAGUCUGGGGAGGAGCCAGUUGAAACGUUGAGAAAUUAUAUGCAACAAAAUAAUUCAUCUGGACAUAGCCAUGACAUGUCUGAGGAUGAAGACUUUAAGCAUUAUCAAGAAUACUCGAAGGUCAAAGAGGAUGAGGUCUUUUGGGGAAAAAAUAAGAGUAAGAGAAAUAAAGGCCAAACUGCAGUUAAAAAAAUUUCACAAGUUAAAGAGAAGCCUAAUUGCACGGUUAAAGAGUCGGAAAAACAUAGAAGAGUUAAGGAUGAUAGUUUCUUGAGGGUUUUGUUUUGGCAGUUUCACAACUUUCGCAUGCUUCUGGGCAGUGACUUGCUCAUAUUUAGCAAUGAGAAGUAUGUUGCAGUUAGCUUGCAUCUUUGGGAUGUUUCUCGACAGGUUACUCCCCUAACUUGGCUGGAAGCCUGGCUAGACAAUGUUAUGGCCAGUGUGCCUGAAUUGGCCAUAUGUUAUCAUCAAGAUGGUGUUGUCCAGGGCUAUGAGCUUUUGAAAACGGAAGAUAUAUUUCUACUGAAAGGCAUAUCAGAAGAUGGCACUCCUGCUUUUCAUCCCUAUGUUGUCCAGCAAAAUGGUUUAAUGGUAUUAAGGUUUCUUCAGGACAACUGCAAGCAAGAUCCUGGUGCUUAUUGGCUAUACAAAAGUGCUGGAGAAGAUGUCAUUCAGCUUUUUGAUUUAUCUAUUAUGCCUAAAAACCACUCUCCUGAAGAUUGUGAUGAUGCUGAAAGUGGUCUGCCAUCUUUGAUUCAUAGAGGGAGAAGUGAUUCGUUACUCUCUUUAGGCACCCUGCUUUAUCGAAUUGCUCACAGGCUCUCACUCUCAAUGUCUUCUGAUAAGAGGACAAGGUGUGUGAGGUUUUUCAGACAAUGUCUUGAUCUCCUUGAUGAGCCUGAUCAUCUGGUUGUCCGUGCAUUUGCUCAUGAACAAUUUGCAAGGCUGCUUUUAGUUUAUGAUGAGGAACUGGACUUGACAUCUGAAGCAGUACCUACAGACUAUGAAGUUACAGUUGCUGAUGCUGAGGAAGAUUCCUCUGAGGCCUAUCCUACAGUUUCUGAAUCUGAAUUUGAAAAGGUUGAUCCAGAAGAAGUGCAAAUUUUGGAUCUUGAAAAUUCUGUUGCAAAGACAGAGAAUGGUAACAUAUCUUCUGUUACUGUAUCUGGUGACCCACCCUUGGUAUAUCCUCUUGAUAUCCCAAGUUCCAGUGGUCAGAGCUUUUCGAUUUGUGAUUCAUCAGAUUCUACUGGUCCUGUGGUGCAAGCAGUUACAGAUCCAAUCUCCUCAAAGCUGGCUGCUGUACAUCAUGUUUCUCAAGCUAUCAAGUCUAUCAGAUGGAAACGCCAACUACAGCAUACUGAAGUAAACAUGGACUAUAUUAGCAAACUUCAGGGUGGUCUUCAUUCACCAAAUGAUUUUUCAGUAUGUGCAUGUGGGGACCCUGAUUGUAUUGAGGUCUGUGACAUUUGUGAGUGGCUUCUGACGUCAAAAUUGGAUGAUAAGGCAUGGAAACUUGUUCUAUUGCUUGGAGAAUCCUACUUAUCUUUGGGACAAGCUUACAAGGAUGAUGGCCAGCUCUUUCAAGCUUUAAAGGUCGUAGAGUUGGCAUGUUUGGUUUACGGGUCAAUGCCACAACAUCUUAAAGAGACAAGGUUUGUAUCAUCCAUGGUUUGUACCUCACCAAACCAGGUGGAAAUUAUUGAUAGAACAGAAAACAAUGAAUCCAUAACUGGUCAUGAUGGUUUUGCUUUUGAGCAGUCACCUUCCUGUUACCUAUUUUGGGCCAAGGCCUGGACAUUAGUAGGCGAUGUGUAUGUUGAGUUUCACUUGAUAAAGGACAAAGAGAUCUCUGUCAAAUCAGAGAAAAAAUCAUUGACGAAGGAACUAAAAAUGUCACCUGAAGUUUUGAAGGAGGUUGAAAGGCUUAAAAAGAAGCUGGGACAAUGUAGCCAAAACUGCAGUUCCUGUUCGUUAGUGAACUGCAGCUGCCAGAGUGACAGGGCUACUAGUGGUAGUAGUGCCAGUAGUAGUUCUGCAAGUUUACAUCCAUCAGCUUAUGGCAGGAAGAUGAGUAAGAAAUCAAUCACCAAGGGUACCUUGUAUUCAAAUGCCAAGUCGAAUGAGGAUGCUCGAGCUCAUCAGCGAGCAGAAAAAAGUGGAUACUCAAAAGCCAACAAAUAUGAGAUGUUAACAAACACUUCUGGUGUGAAUGCAGAUGCUGGCGGUGAUAAAAAGACUGUCAAGUGCGAUGUUGAAAGAGCUGGUACUACCAUGGAGAUGGAAAUUGGAUCCAGAGUAGAUAGUCAUUCUGAAGCUGUUGGAGAAACAACCCAAGUUAGGGAUGGAGGUAUAUUCAAGUAUGUCAGGAAUCCAGUAAUUAGUGAUGGUGAUUACAAUUUGUCUAUUGCUUUAGAGUGUUAUGAAGAAGCUAGAAAAGCACUUGGUAGAAAUCCGCGUACUGUAGGAGAACUUCGAUCUGUAACUAAAAAGAAAGGAUGGGUGAGCAAUGAAUUAGGUAGAAGUAGGCUGGAAAAAAGAGAUCUGGAUGGAGCUGAAAUUGCUUUUGCCGAUGCAAUAAGUUCAUUCAAAGAAGUAUCUGAUCAUACCAACAUCAUCCUGAUUAACUGCAAUCUUGGCCAUGGCAGACGGGCAUUGGCUGAAGAGAUGGUAUCAAAGAUUGAAACUUUCAAGAAACUUGCUGUCUUCCAUAAUGCAUACAGGCAAGCGCUUGAAACAGCUAAACUCGAAUACAGUAAAGCUCUCAUGUAUUAUGGAGCUGCAAAACUGGAAGUAAAUGCUAGCGCUGAAGAUGCAGAUUAUGCAUCAAGCAGCUUGAAGGAUGAAGUGUAUACACAAUUUGCUCAUACAUACUUGAAGCUUGGCAUGCUUUUAGCAAGAGAAGACACAGUUGCAGAGGUUUAUGAAAAUGGAGUCCUUGAGGAUACUGCUGGUCCAGCUGUUACUAGACCCGAAAAGGAGUAUAGAAAGCAUGAGAUAUCAGCUAAUGAUGCCAUCAGGCAGGCUUUGUCUGUCUAUGAGUCACUGGGUGAGUUCAGGAAACAAGAGGCUGCAUAUUCAUAUUUCCAGCUCGCUUGUUACCAAAGAGAUCGGUGCUUAAAUUUUUUGGAGUCAGAUAUGAAGAAAAAUAACAUGUCUAGAGGUGAAAACCAAAGGGUAAAGCAGUAUGCUUCAUUGGCAGAUAGGAACUGGCAGAAGUCUAUGGAUUUUUAUGGGCCAGAAACUCAUCCCUGGAUGUACCUGAAUAUUAUAAUGGAGAGAUCAGCUCUCUCUUUGAGCCUCUCGUGUUCUCUGCAUUCAAAUAUGUUCCUGGAAUCUGCUCUUACUCGCCUACUUGAAGCCCGCCAUUUAUCUAUAAAUGAGUCUUUCGGCAAGGAGAAUCCUGAAAUUUGUGCUAAGUUCUGGAGUCAGCUGCAGAUGGUGUUGAAGAAGGUAUUGUCAGCAACACUUCCAAUGAAUUCACAGAAGUCUGCUGUCAACUCUCUGCAAAACCCGGGGCACAAGUCUGGAGAAGUUGCAAAGUUGAGGGAGCUCUACAAAAUGUCUUUAAAAUCUUCUGAUUUCAGUGAGUUGCAUGCCAUCCACUGCUUGUGGACUUCGUGAAUUUGACAAGGGUCACAUUCCCCACUAAAAUCAUUCUCUUUUUGUAUGUAAAAGGUGAUAUAUUACUGGAAAAUUGACAAAAUAGUACUCAUAGUGCUGUAUGUAUGGUCUACUACUACUCAUAUACCCUUUCUCGCGAUAUCCUUGACUACUAGAAAUAUGAAAUUACUAUACUGUAAGCCACUGUAGACUGGUGAGUUUUCCUUUUGUUCAGUGUUGAGACAUCAGUGUCUUAACUAAGAAUAAUAGUAAAUGGCGCAUGAAUUAGUGGAAUACACGCGUUCCAGAGUUCACCAAACUUGAACUGCUGAUGAUGGACUGGAUAUUAUUACUGUUAUUAUUUUAAUGGAGAUGAAGAAAUGAUGUCAGCCAUAAA